AUGAAGUACUUGGAUGAUCAUGAAGAUAUCAAAAAGUAUUUCGCUGCACUUCACAUUCAUGAUGCAUUUCCUCUUUCAGUAAUUAUCGAUGAUUUCGGGGAUUUCUUUGAUGAUAGGUACUUUAUUUUCUUGACAGAUAAAUUGCCAAGAAAGAUACAACAAUCUUCGUGGAAAAGACUUGGCAAUGGGAAACAGGGUCAUGUAAGCUUCUACUCUCUGAUACACCACAGUGCCUCACCGAGGUUACUCUACAUUUAUAAGAGAUGUUCCUCUGUAACAUGCAUAUUCUUGGUGAUGGCUCUGGAUUGUUUCUUCUCAAGAAUGACUUCAAUUCGGGAACUGUUGGCAAAAGGAGCUGCUAAAUACUCCAUAGCUCUUCAAAAUCUGAUUUUAGAAGAUUCUGGCUGCGAACAAUCUAUCGACGGUUAUCUGAUUUGGUGUGGUAAGAACUCAAAAGUUCUUACACCAACAGCCCAUGCUCAGGCUCAGCCUCAGCCAUGCAAAGAGAACCACAUGACUUCCAAAAAGUUGUCUAAGUUGACCUUAACGCACAUCACACUCGAAUACGGCGGAGGCGAGACACGAGACUGUGGGAGAGAGAUGGCGUGGGGUGCUUUUUGGGGGACGAGAGUGAUGGAGAUAGUGAAGAAGCACGAUUCAGGAGGCCUGGUUUGGAAGAGAAUAAAGCUCACUACCACCCGCAAAGCCAACGCCAAGAAGCGUCUUCACCGUGUUUGGCAGAAUGAGGCUGUCCUGAGGGCAUGUUCUGAGGCACCUCCCUCGGGAAGUUCACGGGCUCAGGCUGAUGGAACUGAAGUGAAAGAAAGCACAGGCAGCCAAGUGUAGCUGAUGAUGAGUAAGAAUACUAAACAAGCUUGAAGGGAAUAGAUUUUUGUACUCAGAUUCUUAAUGCCAUUUGUCAAGUCUAUUCAAUUUCAUAAAAGUAGACAUGUUGGAAUUGAUGUCUGGCCUCGAAGUUGAUCCUUGUUUGACUAGAAUGUAUUGCAAAUGUUAUUGUGUUCUUUUUCAUCACAAACUUUAUUAUGUGCUAGUUGGUGCAAACAUGCGUUGCACGUGGACCAUUUGAAGAUAUAGAUAAAUAUCAUUUAAUAAAAUUACAAUAGAAAACAAAUGGAGAACAACUAGACUGAAAGUUCAUAAAUUUGAAUAGGAAAACAAAGGUUCUUAGAGUGAAUGCCAACACUAAGUAAUGUGAGACAAACUCUGAACUUGAUCUUCAGUCAUUGUCUUCCACCCUCAUUCUUGGCAAUGUUGAAGUAGUGCAGCUCAUAAACAUUACUAUUUUCGUUGGAAGCAAUCAAGCGAAACCGAUUCCUCACGUUGUUGUUCUUCAAGUACUUCUUUGGCAAAUACUUAAGGUACCCGGGGAACACAUGAGGAUAGUUAAUCAAUACAUAACCCCUGAAGUUCAAGUUAUAGCAAUAUAUGUUAAAGUAGGAUUGCCCAACAACUAAUACUUACCAUAUAGUAUAUAGCAAUGCAAACAACUAAACCAAGUACAUCAAAUCAAAAAAAUGUUGAGUAUUGAUCAUAUGUGAACAUAGUAACUGCUUCGGGUAAAUAAAGAGAAAACUCUAGCUAUCUGUUGGUAUAUAAUACUUAAUCUUAUUAUUCUACAUGUCAGCAAUGGGAUCAUUCCACUGAAAUAAUCUACAAACACAUACAACUGGACCACUAGGCUCAAGUCCUGGAAAAAAAAAUUGAGUUAUUACAUAUUACUAAAUGAAGAUAUGUUAAACUAUUUUUUUGCUAUUAAAAACAAAAUCAGGACACAACAAGUAACAUGUUGGUCACAGAUUGAGGAGUGAAGUUCUAGGAGCAACCACAUUCGUUUAUACCGUCAAAAACCUCCAUUAACCUCUUGUGACAAAUAGCGAAGUGUAGAAUUGAGAGUUGGAGACCUUGACACAUAGAGAAUCAGCUACAUAAACCUCUGUUCUUGCUAGGAUCAAUGUCAUUUGGCCCACACGUGCACCAUUAUGUGCAUGUGUUUCAAACACUCCAUGAUGUGACUUCGUUGUAAAUACAUGCUCUAUGUCUCUCUGUGCUUCCUUGUUCUCUUUUUUCUUCGUUUUAUAAAGAAAAUGAAUUAACACAUAGUUAUAUCAGUUGCGACAGGAAAUAGUUCAACUACUUAAUUAGUUGUACAUUACUGCUGAAACAACUAAUACUGCAUUGAUAAGAUGAACGCCUUUUACCUAUAGUAAUUUGAGAUUAAGGUGUAGUGUAAGGUAUUAUACCAUUUCAGCUUCAUCAGUGAAAUGUAAAAUUUCAAAACGAUCAUGAUUGUAGAAGAUCUUCUUACUCUCAACAAUAUUGAAAUUGUCAUACACCAACUUUAUACACUUGAGGUAAAGAUCAGGAGCAUUGCAGUGUGUAGAGAAUUACAAAUCUUGAACAUUAAUAGGGGUUUGCUUAAAGUUACCUUUUUUAUUCUUGAUCUGUUGGUGGUGGUGUAGGUGGAGUUGGUUUUGUUAGUAAAAGAGCCCUGGAAAAAAAAAACCAUUACAAAACAUAGAUUAACAAUUGGCUUUCACUCAUGUUUUUCUUUUUUUUGAGAGAGCCUUUCACAUAUGUUCAAGAUAAGCUUAUACACAUCGUUUUCCAAUCCACACUCAAAAACACAUGAAUACUGGGUUAAGAAUAGAUUGGGAUAAUGCUAAAGAACAAAUAUUAGAUUAUCACCCCAUUACACAUCUAAUAACUUUUACCUUCAUUAGGGGAUAAGGGAAGAAGGGUAAAGUUUCUAUUUAUAUCAAAGUCCUAGGUUAUGCAUACACUUCUUGUAUCUUGUAUUAAGUAUAAAUUUUCCUUAUAUUAGAGUAAUGGUAAAUAAUCUAGGAACAAAACGAGAGAUAGACACAACUUCUCAGUGGUAAUCUGGAACCUUCAUACAAUGACCCUUACAUGACUGAUAAACAGAAGCAAACAACUAAUCGUAUUAUUUGGAAAACAAUUAAAAUGCUAAUGAAUUGAGUCUUCUUUUGAAGAUUAAAAAUUCCAUAAGUAUUUACUGGUAUAAAAAAGAAACCAGUGCAAAAAUUGCAAUUUCACAAAAUCAACCUCUGAUUAUUAUGAAUAAACACAAGCACUGGAUUGAGCCAUCAUCUAUUGAUGCACAUAAUUUUUAUAUCAAACAAAUGCGAAAAAAAUCAUGGCUGGCAUGGAAACUAGAACUUUAGGUGCUAAACGAAAUACAAGGAAAUAAUCUUAUGCUGGCAUGCACAAACUUCUUCAUAAUGAAAGAACAAACACUUAUCUGAAAAAUGACUUAUUCAUAAAACAGAAGCAAGUGGGACACCAAAAAAAAUUAUAAGUGGACAAAAAUAUAUCAGCACCUGGUACCACAGACCGGUUCCACAAUGGCGAGACGCAAGGUGUGUGCACGAGAGAGAAAGAGAAGAAGGAGUAGUGUAUGAAGUAUGAACCAAAACACAAGAAAACAUGUGAAAGGGAAAAAUUUUGGUAACUGGUGUAGUCAAUGCAACUUCACACAUUAAUUCCCCGAAGCUAUAGAGACAAAGAGAAGAGGAAGAACCUCAAUUUUGAGGAGCUAUCUAGGUUAAUGAUACCUAUUAAUUGAAUUUGGAAAUAGUCAAAGAACCUGUGGAGACAUAAAAAGAAGAGAAAAACACUCAAUAUUGAGAAGUUGUCCAUGUUAAUGGCACUUGCAAAUUGAAUUCAGAGAGAGAGAGAAAACGCUGCUCUCAAAAGAGGAGCUCAACUAACCGCUUAUUCCAUUACACUCUAGAUGGAAAGAAAGACAUCUGUUUUGGAAGACUGAGAGUCUUGAUGCGUUAGGACUAAUUAAUUUAUAUUAUGUAUUUGAUUUAUUGGUAUGAAAUUAAUUUAAAACUAAUAAUAGAGAAAAAAUUGAAGAGGGGAAUAUGAAAGGAUGGGAUAUAAGGGGCAUUAGUUCUUUUACUGAGAUUAUUUAUGUCAAUCAAAAAUUUUUCACUUUUGUUGACAUUUUA